AUGACCUCAACACCCCACGGGAACCUGCCGUCCGCCGCAAGCCAUGUGGCUCGGCGAGAUGAUGCGCAACCCCCUUCCACCUUGGCCGCACAGCUCGUCGAGAACAUAUCCACCUCCACCUCGACCAAAUCCUCGAGAUCGAGCGAAAAUGCGGAGCUCAAGAAGCUAUUCACCACCAUUGAGCACAUCAAGAACAACCCCAACCUGCUCCAAACACCCGAAGACCGUACCUCUCACAAUCACAUGCUUAUAUAUGUCUACUUUCGUGCUGUUCUCGACGCGUUGCGCCCCGAUGACCCCUUCCUCGACAAAGACCGUAUGCGGGCCGAGGCGUCCAAGGCCAUCCACUUCUUCCAGCUCGCAGUCCUCGAAACUCCGCAAGUCCUGACGUGCACCGCCAGUGAGGGCCAAUACCUAUCCCGAGGUGGCGAGCCCUUGUGGACGUGGGCAUUCCCCAAAGUCUUCCGCCUCCUGGGCCAUCCGCAGUACCUUGAGCUUUCGGAACCUGUUGGGACAUUGUUCAGCUCUAUAUUCAAGGUUGUUGCUGCAAAUGGCCAAUUGGCUGCCAUUGCACCCUCUCUCAUCCUCUACCUGAGGGAGAUAGUCAAAGAUAUUCUGGACACCCUCAACAAAUGCGCCGGAGGCCCUUCUGCGCGAAAUACCUCGGUCAGCAUCGAGCUUCCGUCUCAAAGGGUAUUUAAACAUGUCGAUCCCGAUACCUCUGAAUCCGAGUCUCCCUCUGCCUCGUUGCGGCGGCGGGUUACGUAUAAGCUCACCAACCCAUUCCAAUGCUUGCGCCAGGCGUUUAUCCUCCUUUCCAUUUUAUCAGGGCCCCUCGUCCGUGAGACCCGACUCGCAGGGUUUUCCGAGCAUGGCCCUUGGCUCCUCGACUCCUUGCACGCCCUAUGCAAUGCUCAAGUUCAAUGGAAUCCCCCAAUAGAGGUGGCCAUUGUCCCUUUGGUCCAAAUUGCCAUGCUGUUUGCCCAUCGCGAUACGUCCCGUGGAAACACGGAGUCCAUUCUGCAAGGCAAAGCCUGUAUUGUCCUCUCUUUCCUCAUCGCCGAGUUGGCCACGAGGCCGGCUGAGCUGCUUGGCGACAGCGAGGCCUCCAAAGAUGCUAGAAGCUGCGCACGACCCGAUCUCUUUCAAGACGGGGAGCUGCGGAAUCAGGUGGAAUCACUUUGUCUCAAUUACGAAGACUCUAACGGAGCGACGGCGCCACCAGAGAAAAAGCGGCGUAAAGUUACUGACGGUGACGCUGUGUUGAACCUACUCCUGGAACAAAUCUCUCACAUUGUCGGCCCAAUGACUGAGGAAAGAGGGCUCGGGGACAUUAUCCUGCUCCAAAACCGGGCCGCAGCCGAGCAUGGCGUGUUCGUUUUGCUCCAAUUCCAAGGCAAGCUCAAGACUGCCCCCGAAAUCUGGGGACUCUCGAACGCUCCCGUUGUUGGUCCGGUUGCUUCUGACCAGGAGCUCAACCUGACCUUGCUCAAGCUGGUCGAGUAUCUUGGCAGUGAAAAUGAGGUUUUCAUGGCGUUGGCUUUCCAAGAACUGUCAAGCAUUGCCUCAGCACGAGGUUUGACGACACUCAAGCUAUUUGAACCCUUUUGGAGAGGACUUGCGCACUUCGUCGUCAAAGAUGUCAUUUCCAGGCCCCAAACAAGCACAUUAAUGGCAGAUCUUCUUGGCAUCAGUGUUAAUGAGCUGCUUGUUCUCGUCCAUCGCCGGGCUCUUCCGUGGCUCGUCUUACAAGGGAAAAAUGAUGUCGUGGAACGAAUCGCCAAAGCCCGAAAGGACAAGGAGCUCCAGUUAACAAUUGUUGAUAGUGGCAACUUUGGCCAGAUACUAGCUCUUCUCCUCAUCCAGCCCGUCGAGGAUAUUUCUGGCUUCGUGAUGGCCAAGCUGACUGGGAUAACGUCCUAUUUUGAAGCAACGGAAAUUCAAUCGCUUCUCCGCUCCGAUCUAGUACCCAUCGCUUUAGAGUUAUUCAAGCUCGCCGCAGAAGGGAACGAGGCUAGAAAAUCAGCGGCACGGAACGCUCUGACCCAGAUUGCUCCCAUUGUGGGUAUUGCGGGUGAGCCCAGAGCGAGAAAAGGGAAUGUUGUUGGUCGGUUCCUUCAGCCCCAUGUGUUAGGGUUGAUGACGAGAUUGACAGACGUGAUCAACAUUGCCGCAUUCGGUCGCCCUGCCACGAUGGAGCAGCGCCUGUGUAUACAAGCCAUGGAGGAGAUGAUACGGACGUGCAAAGCCCACGUUCGGGUGGCCCGCCCCCAGGUUAGCAGACAACUUCCGCUCUUCAAGCCCCCCGUAUUGUUGCACUCCGGCGUUGUCAUGUUGGCGCUCGAGGAGUUGGUUUCCUACUUGAAAGCGAACCAAGACUACCUGCAAACGUCAGCCAUCGGCGAGAAUCCGGAUCCGGUAUUGAAAACCGUGGUGCGCGCCCUUCUUGACUGCGCCUCUCAGUACAAUGGCAUCAAUCUUGAUAUCGCAAGGCUCUGCACUGAAUGCAUUGGCCUUGUGGGCUGCAUUGACUCUAAUCGCGUGGAGGCUCCCCGUGAACAAAAGUCCAUCGUUGUUCUUGACAACUUUGAAAAUGAUGACGACCGUCGCCAUUUUGACACCAGCUCUUUGAAGUAUCCAAUCUUCUGUCCCGGAAAGUCCUAUGUUGCCUGGGUAGUAUCAUUUGUGCAAGACCUUCUCCGGAGGCCUCAAAACGCCAACGCAUCCCUUGUCUUCGAGCCUCUCACCCGCGUCACCCGACUCAAGGACCCCUCGGUUCCCGAGUUUCUUCUUCCCUACGUGGUGUCACACAUCAUUGUGAGUGAAGACACGCCUCGGCAGCUCCGCGAGGACGUUGUCACGGAGCUUGCGACAAUUUUACAUUACGAGGUUCCGGCCGGGGCCACCGCUGACGAGCGACAAGACAUGAAAUUAUUCUACGAGGCUCUUUUUCGCAUCUUGGACUACCUAAGGCGGUGGGUGCAUGCACGGCAAGCGAGGACAAAGAACACACCCAAGGACGACCCUGCCAUUCAUAGGAUUCGCGAGUUCCUAGACCGUACCCCAUCGCAAAUGCUCGCCCAGCGGGCUCUUGACUGUGAGCAGUACUCUAGGGCGCUCUUCUACCUCGAGUAUCACAUGCAGGAAGGCAAACUUAUAGGGGAUGAGCACUCGAAGAUGAUGGAGCGUCUACAAGAUAUCUACGCCCACAUUGACGAACCAGACGGCCUAGAGGGGCUCUCUGCUCAAAUGCAGAGCUUGGACAUCAACCAACAGGUACUAGGCCACCGAAAAGCUGGACGGUGGACUGCGGCGCAGACUUGGUAUGAGAUACGGCUCGCGUCUGAGCCAAACAACUCGGACGUCCAGCACGAUCUUCUCACCUGUCUAAAGCAAACGGGACAACACGAUGUUCUCCUUAAUUAUGCAGAGGGGAUGCACCUUCAAGCCGGUGCCCAGACCAAGAUCUUGCCAUUUGCCGUCGAAGCCUCGUGGGCGACGAGUCGGUGGGAGUCGCUAUCGAAAUACCUGGAUUUGGCCAAGUCUUCGGAAGCCGCAUAUGCCGAUUUCGACGUUGCCAUUGGCGAGGUGUUUCGCGAUUUCCACCUAGGACGUACAGAUAACCUGCUUCCCGCGAUCAACGGCAUCAGGGAACGCAUAGCUGCUUCCAUGGGCUUCACAGAGACGGCAUCGCUACAGUCAUGCCACGAUAUAAUGCUGCGAUGUCACAUUCUAACAGACCUGGAACUCAUUCUCUCUCACCAGGGGCAAUCCCAGCUGGGGGAUGAAUUGGAUAACCGACCAACUCUAAGUAUCCUCCGGCGUCGGUUGGAUGUUUUGGGUGCGUAUGUUGAAGAUAAGCAAUAUCUUUUGAGUAUCCAGCGGGCGGCGAUGGAACUACGCAGGCCAACCUACUCCGAUCUAGACAUCUCUAGCUUGUGGAUGUCCAGUGCGCGCCUUGCGAGAAAGAGCAACUCCACCCACCAGUCCUACAAUGCUGUUCUCCAUGCGUCGAAAUUAGGCGAUCGAUCCUCCGCUAUUGAAAACGCAAAGCUUCUAUGGAAGGAAGGCCAUCACCGCAAGGCUAUCCAGGUGCUCGGUGGGGCGAUCGAGAACAACGAGCUUGUGACGCAGGAAGAGAUGGACAGUAUCCCAGCCUCGCGGGCGAUUGACUGUCCGCAACGCUUGCUCAAAGCUCGUGGAGAGCUGCUUCUUGCCAAGUGGCUGGACAGUACCGGGGCACAUCACGCUGCGGCGCUGAGGGAGAAAUACCAGAAGCCGCCCCUCACCCACACUCCCUGGGAAAAGGGCCACUAUUACCUCGGCAAGCACUACAAGAAGCUCUUGGAGUGGCAGAAGACGCUCAACCCAGACGAUCAGAGCGACGUGUACGUCACGGGGGAGCUUGCCCGCGUCCUGAUCGAAAACUAUUUCCGGAAGCAAUCCGUCUCGCGCGAGCUAUACCGGCGACGCAUGGAACAGCUGAACAAACUCCACUCCAGCCUCGAUAAAUGGAGGGCUCGGCUGCCCGCAUACAUAUUUUACACCGCGUUGCCUCAAAUCGUGGCGCGCAUUGCACACCCAAACAAGGAUGCAUUCACCAGACUUGCAGACAUAAUUGUCAAGGUGGUGGAGGCCCACCCUCGCCAAGCACUUUGGAGUCUGUUUGGGGUGAUGACGACAAGACAAAAGUCGGACCGGCAAAUUCGCGGACAGGAGAUCCUCCGCCGACUCAAGGCGAACACGACAAAGGUUGACUCGACCAAGUUUUCGCUGAGGGACAUCAUUCGAAAAGGCGAGAAGUUGGCUGAGCAGCUCUUGUUGGCGUGCCACAAUGGCGACUUCCAGAGCAACCGAACGGUCAAAGCAAGCAUUGUGAGAGAUUUGGGUUUCAAUCAUGGGUGCACGCCGUGCCCUCUUGUCGUACCAACAGAGGCCGGCUUGACAGCGACGCUGCCGACGGUGACGGACAGCCUGAAGACUCAUGAGGCGUUUUCAGGAGACGUUGUGACUAUUGAUUCGUUUCUCGACGAGGUUCUUGUGCUUGGAUCUCUGGCGAAGCCGAGGCGCCUCACCGCCCGCGGGUCGGACGGGAAGUUAUACCCGCUCCUCAUCAAACCAAAAGAUGACCUGCGGACGGAUCAGCGCCUUAUGGAGUUCAAUUCCAUGAUUAAUAGGGCUCUCAAGCGCGAUGCUGAAUCGAGCAAGCGGCAGCUCUAUGUCCGAACCUACGCGGGACGUGCUCCUCGCGCUCUAUGCAGCGCGCAACAUUUCCCCGACUACAACGUGAUUCGAAAUAUGAUGCGCGAGGCGGCCUCGUCAGCAAAGAAGGUUUCCAUCUUCACGGACGGGGUUCUCGGCAUGUUCCCGCCCGUUUUGCACCUCUGGUUUUCGAAUCAGUUCCCCGACCCCUCGGCUUGGUUCUCUGCACGCAUCCGGUACACGCGCUCGUGCGCGGGCACGACGUUUGCGCAGCCGGAAAGGGUGCCGUUCCGGCUCACGCACAACAUGGUGGCGGCUAUGGGGGUGUAUGGGUACGAAGGUCCGUUUAGGCAGUGCUCGGAGCUCACGCUUUCGAUACUCCGGCAACACGAAGAGACCUUGAUGACGAUUCUGGAGGCUUUUAUCUAUGACCCAACGCUGGAUUUACAAAAGGAGAAGAAGCCCGCUAGGAGGGGCGAUGGUGGGGUCAAGUUUUAUCCGCAGGGGGUGGUGGAUAGCAUCAAGAGGAAAGUGAGGGGACUUAUGCGGGAUCAGAGCAUCCCCUUGGGUGUCGAGGGCCAGGUCGAUGAGCUUAUUAAACAGGCGACCGAUCCGAUGAACUUGGCGGCCAUGUAUAUUGGAUGGUGUCCUUUUCUGUAA